CUUCCUUUCACGCGUCCAAGAUUUCUCAGGCGCCAUUUACAUUCCAUUCUACCUCCGCCAUGGGUGACACGGUUGGGAAAUCCGCCAACGGCACUGCUACCAAUUCAAAUGACCAUCUCAUCCACUCAGAGGAUCCAUUGCACCCUGCAAACCACAUAUGCACGCUCUGCGCAAAGUUCUACACCUUGGGCUGGGUGACAGGUACGGGUGGCGGAACUAGCAUUCGACAUGGCGAGCAUAUCUAUAUAGCGCCUUCAGGAGUGCAGAAAGAGCUGAUGAGGCCGACGGACAUGUUUGUUAUGGACUUCAACACGAAAGAGUAUCUGCGAAGACCGGAUGUCCACAAACCCUCCGCCUGCACGCCCCUCUUCCUCGCAGCCUUCACGCGCGGUGCCGGAUGCUGCAUACAUACGCACUCACAAUGGGCGGUCCUUGUCACGUUGCUGGUUGAGCGCGAUUUUGGCCGGGAUGCAUGUUUUGAGAUUGAGGAGAUUGAGCAGAUUAAGGGGAUUCCGAAAGGAAAGGGAAAACUUGGGAAUCUGGGAUAUUAUGACAGAUUGAAGAUACCUAUUAUUGAAAAUACUGCACAUGAGGAGGAUCUUACGGGUAGCUUGGAGAAGGCCAUGGAGAAGCAUCCGGAUACGUUUGCUGUGCUGGUAAGGAGGCAUGGCAUCUACGUCUGGGGGGACAAUGUCCAUAAAGCAAAGACGCAGUGUGAAAGCCUAGAUUACAUCUUUCAGCUCGCUGUUGAGAUGAAGAAACUCGGACUUCCGUGGACAACUAAAUAAACGUCAUAUUCGACCGCUUAAUAAGAGCUAUUACGAAAUAAUAUCCAAGCGCAUAGAAUUAUAC